AUGGCUCGUAAGCGUAAGGGCCAGUCCCUUAACGACUGCACCAAGGAUCUUAACGACAUCCCUUACAUCCGCUGGAUGAACCAGCAGAUCGCCAACGGCCGUCAUCCGACUGGCUUGUCCGCGCCGCCCGCGCUUGACGGGCAGGGUUCUAGUGCACAGUCGCCCAGCGCGGGCCCCUCACGUGUGCGUCGUCAGCCUGCAAGGACGGCGGCAACUGUGCGGCCCGUCGUGGAGCAAGAUGUCGAAGACGAUGAUGAGGAGUACCGCGGCGACGAGGAGGACGAGCCUAAGGACCUUGGCAUGCCGGACGACGAUGACGUCGACGAUGACGGCGACGAUGACGACGCCGACGACGACGCGGAGGAGGAAGCGCAACCUGUUGCACAGCCGCCGAAACGGGGCGCCGCUCGCGCCUCAGGGACGGACAAAGGCAAAGGCAAGGCGGUUGAUCCACCGGCACGACAGGAGCCCCGGAAGAAGCGGUCUGCUGCACCAGUCGAAAGGGGCUUAUGGUCGGAUAAAGAAAGCACUAUCUUCGCUGCCGCGCGUUGGUUCAUGAAAGACGAGCUCGAGCCGCUCAAGUGGAAGCAGGGGACGCAAUACUGGGUCCGCCUUCUCGCGCACAUCAAGGAGUCGAAUCCGGGCAACGACUCUGUGAAGAAACCGCCAUGGUGGCCGUAUCUGGAGCUGUUCAACAAGGACACCGCCGCUGCCGCACCGCAUGCGGUGGAUGGCGGCGGCGCCGCUAACGUCAACGUGCCGGCCGGCAUGGAGGUCCCAAGUGCCUCUCAGCCAAAGACGUCGACACCGACCUUUACAGCACCGCCGCCUCAGCCCACGGGAACACCCAAGCGCGCGCGGGUUCAUGAGACGGCUACUAUGCAAGCCGCCAUGCUUGUCUCUGCGACCAUCAAAGAUUGUCACAGUGACGCGAUGACGCGCAUAGAGGGUCUCGUCCGUGAAUGGAUGGCGCAGGACAUGCGCCUUGCACGCGAGCGCAUGACUGAAUCGGCCCCACCGGAUGUGCACCGUGCGACGACGGAUUUCAGCCCUCCUCCGCCACGCGGGGAGUCCGCGCCACCUCCCGGAGCCGCCCAGCAGCGCGACGAUGUCGGCGACGUCAACACCGUCACACCGGGUGAUGACGAUGUGGAGAUAUGGGUGCGCGGCGCCGACGAUUAG